AUGGAAAUAAUGAAGAUGAAAUUGAUUGCAACUGUCCGAUGUUAUAAGUCUGGACCUAAACGACGAUUUCAAGUACGGCUUGCUUUAAUUAUUCUGAUUUUUAUUUUACGUAUUGUGACUAUUGGGCUCUAUGCAUCAUCAUCCGAUGAUAACUAUGAUGGUGGAAUAUUAGCUCCUAUUUGUGCUUUUUCACUUAUCUUUUUAUUUACUACAUUUUGUCUAGAUUUAUAUCGUUAUUGUGUUUGGUGGCAUUAUACACCUUAUGGUGAUACUCGAUGUCAUUGUCGAUCGAAACAACAUGAACGAUAUAUACUAUAUCAUAUGGUAGGUGAUAAUCGUAAUCCAAGAUUAUUAGGUGAUCGACCGUGUCGUGAACAAUCGUGUCAUAAAAGAAAACUUGAUCAUAUUGUAGUAUUUCAUUCGGCAGAUUAUCAGCCACAGGAUUGUUGGAGAGAUAUUCCCAAGCCACCAACUGAGUUGCAUACAACUACAAAGAGACUUUUUUGCUUAAAUUUUCAAAACAAAGAUAAUCAACCUCAUUAUGUUGGCUUUCAUACGACUACAUCUGAAGCUGCUGUUUCAAUUGCACAUAGUGAAUUUCAACCAAGUACUGGUGGAUGGCUCGGUGCUGGUGCUUAUUUUGCUCAAUCAGUCGAUGGAACAAUUCGAAAAGCAAGAACUGGUGGUGGUGCUUAUAUUAUUGCUGAAAUUCCCAUGGGUAAAGUAUACGAAGUUCACCGAAAUCUUAUACACAAAAAACAUACAUUGUUCAAUCGUCAAGUGUAUGACUUUGUUCAUCGAUCAAAAUGGCAACAUGAUUUUGACACUUGUUAUAUGAUCCAUGAACAUGAUGAUCGUGAUGAAUUUGUUAUUAAAGAUCCUGAAAGACAAAUUGUGAAAUGGGUCAUUGUAGUUGAACAACCAUUCGAUUAUAAAGUAGCAAGAUAUCAACUCGAUACAGAAUUUGAUUCUACGAAAUGUGGUUGUAUUUAA